AUGUCUCUCGACGCAUUUGGCACGAUCAUCCUUCGCUUGCCGACGCCGUCGCCAUCGUCGUCGUCGUCCACGCGACCGUCGUCGUCCACGGCAACACCGGCUCCGUCGUCCAUGCCGACACCGCAUGCGCCGGACGCCAACAGUCCUUUCCGGGCCAUGUCCACCGAUGACUACUCCCAAUAUCGCAUCUAUUUUGACGGCGCGUCGUCCGAGUCGAUCGAUGGCUCGCUCGUUGCGCUGCUCGCGCUGCGCUUGGCCGUCGACAUGCUGCUCUUCUGGGAUGCGUAG